AUGAGGUCUCAAAAUUACAGCACGGUGAAAGAAUUCAUUUUCAUAGGUUUUCCUGGCAUCCAGAAAUUCAGGGUUCCUGUGUUCCUGAUCAUAGCAGUGUUCUACAUAUUAAUAUUAAGUGGGAAUGUUCUGAUUAUCUUCUUCGUGUGGAAAGAUUAUCGACUCCACACCCCCAUGUAUUGGCUUCUGGCCAACCUUUCCUUGUCAGGACUUGGAUUCACCACUGUUAUUAUUCCCCAAAUGAUGUUCAAUAUAAUCACCAAGCGAAAAGUCAUUUCCUUUAUGGGUUGCAUGAUCCAGAUAUAUUUCUAUUUUUUCUUGGGAACUUUAGAUUACAUUUUGGUGGCUAUUAUGGCCUUUGAUCGCUAUGUAGCCAUCUGUAACCCCUUGAGAUAUUCUGUCAUCAUGAGUGGUUGGUUCACCUUUCAGCUUGCUGCUGCCUCUUGGAUAGGGGCUUUAUUUUCUGUCCUUUUCUCUGCAAUCCCCUUUUAUCUGACUCCCUUCUGUGGCCCCAAUGUUAUUAACCACUUCUACUGUGAUAUCCUUCCUGUGCUCAGGCUGGCCUGCAAGGACACAACCACACUGAAAAGGUUGAGCUAUGUCUCAACAGCUCUUAUUGUCCUGUGUUCACUUUUCCUAACCUCAGUAUCUUAUAUCUACAUCAUUGCCACCAUCCUACGCAUUCCAUCUUCAGCUGGCCGACACAAGGCAUUUUCAACCUGUGUUUCUCACAUUACUUUGGCCUUGGUUUUUUAUGGAUGUUCCAUUUUCAUGUACCUUCUACCAGAGAAAAUCCAUUCCUCUGGCUUCUACAAAGGUGUGGCCCUGCUUCACACUGUGGUAACACCUUUGUUGAACCCAUUCAUAUAUACCCUUCGGAAUGAGAAAGUAAAGGAAGUCUUCAAAGAUGCAUUGAAACGAAUGGACAUUCUUGCCCCCCAAAAGAAGUGA